AUGAGGCUGAUUAUCCGCGACGAUGCCGACGCUGCCAGCGCGUACGUAGCAAACUACGUCGUUGACCGGAUCAAGCACUUCAACCCUACCCCGGCUCACCCGUUCGUGCUUGGUCUGCCGACGGGAAGCAGCCCCCUGGGGGUAUACAAGAUACUUGUUCAGAAGUACAAGGCUGGAGAGAUCUCCUUUGAAAAUGUCAUCACUUUCAACAUGGUAUGUGAACUCUUCCACCAUUCGUCUCUCUUAUCGUACCCCAUCACGACCUUGUCUGACGAUGAGCAGGAUGAGUACGUCGGCAUCCCUCGGGACCACCCAGAGAGUUACCACUCCUUCAUGUGGAAGCACCUUUUCUCCCACGUAAACGUCCACCCCAACAACGUCAACAUCCUCAACGGAAACGCCCCCAACCUGGAGGCCGAGUGCGUCGCCUAUGAGGCCAAGAUCAAGGCUGUCGGUGGCAUCGACCUCUUCCUCGCGGGCAUCGGCGAGGACGGCCACAUCGCCUUCAACGAGCCCGGCUCCAGCCUCGCUUCGCGGACCCGCGUAAAGACCCUUGCCUAUGACACCAUCCUUGCCAACUCGCGCUUCUUCGACAACGACGUCAACAAAGUCCCGAAGCUCGCCCUGACCGUCGGCGUGCAGACCGUCCUCGAGGCGAGGGAGGUGGUCGCCAUCAUCCUGGGCGCCAAGAAGGCGCUCGCCUUGCAGAGGUGUAUCGAACAAGGCGUGAACCACAUGUGGACGCUCUCCAGCCUGCAGUUGCACCCUCACCCUAUGAUUGUUGUGGAUGAGGACGCGACCCUGGAGUUGCAGGUCAAGACAGUCAAGUACUUCAAGAGCAUCGAAAAGGUCGCCAGGGAACAAGGCUUUGAACAGAUCCUCCCCUCCAGGAUCCGCACCGGCCCCGGUCCCGUACCGAGGACGGUCGUCGACGAGGUCGAGACCCCCACGAUCCUACACCCUCAACCCACCACCUCUCGUCUACUGCGCGCCUCCCCGGCGACGGAAUACCCCAUCCGCUCCACGUCGCCCGACAUCGAACUCGUCUUCGAGAGCAUGUCGGCACGCACCAAGUCGCCGACGGAGCAGCAGCUUCGCGCCGUCACGCCGGACCUCAUCACCGACAGGAUGGCCACCCGGAUCCCCGAGCCCGCGCUGGCGGGGCGUCUGACGCCGAACCCCGAGCAGCAGCUGUCCAGAUCGGUGACCCCCGAUCUGGUUCCCGACCGCAUGGCUUCGAGGAUUCCGGAGCCGGCGCUUACGCGGCGGUUGACGCCGAACCCGGAGCAGCAGAUGAUGUCGAGACUGAACACUGUCGGAGCUUGA